AUGCCAAUUAGACCAACUAAAAGGAGAAUCUAUAAUACUUCUACCAAUUACAAAGAAAAAUAUAAAACGAUCGGAGAAGAUGACGACGAAAAUUUGGUGGUAAUUGUUGACGAUGAGGAUGACAACAACACGUUAAACAAUCCUAAUAGUAACGAUGAUAACUUGAAUGAAUGGUUAACUCAUUUGAUGGAGUCUCAAAGCAAAUUUCAGGCCGUUGCAAAUGCAGCAUCACAAAUUGCAGACGGGUUCGAGAAAUUUGCAAAUUCUAUGGCUCUUCUUUGCAAAAUGCCUUCCUCACACCACAAUUUUAUUAUUCCUAUGAUGAAUAUCGUCAGGGACGAACAUAAACUUGGGGAACCAUCCGAAGUUGAAAACUAUUUCUCUUCGUAUUCGUCAUCAUCAAAGAGACUUGAAAGCUCCUCGGAAUUUAUUUCUUCUCCUUCGUCCAUCUCUUCCUAUUCCAUUGCAUCCGACCACAUGACGAAAAGAAUUACGCGCCGAGCAUCGAAAACGAUCAAUGAUAUCAGCGACACUAAUGGCAGCGACAAAGAAGAAAAAGAAUGGACUCUCAAUGAACGAGCUUCUUUGACCCGAGAGCUCAUUAAAUGCUAUCGACAUCGAAGAAACCUCACUCAGGCACAACUGUGUGAAGAGAUUAUUUCAUGCGCGGAUCAAGAUUUCGGGAUAAAAUUAAAUAAAGUAAUCUCGGCUUACUUGAACUUAAAAUCGCUUCCUAUUCGACCUUCGGUAUUGGAAGCUACUAGACGGUGGGUCGAUAAAGAGAAUUUGAAAAGAAAUGCAAGAAAAACGAGGAAUAGAAAAUCGAUUCUGUGA